UGCUGGGAAAGAGGGCGUUGCCGUCCGUCCGUCCGCCCGCCGCCGAGGACGAGAAGGAGAAGCAGAAGGAGGGCAUGAGAAGGGGAGAGAGAGCCAAAGCCAAGAAGCUGAAAGCUGACAACAACGGCAGCGAGCGGGAGAGCAAAGACGGACGGACGGACGGCUCACAUGCGGACGGACAGGUGCCAGAGUCCGACGCCGUUCAUGCACUCCAUGACGUUUGGUGCGCGUGCCUAUCAUGGAUCAUAGAGCCACCAAAAGGUCCCACCAAGACAUCGGAAGCCUGCCAGCCAUUUGGCUAGCAAGCAAAGAGCAAGGAGUGAGCGAACGAACGACCGAACGAGUGAGCAAGGAGCGAGCAAAGAGCGAACGAGUGAGCAAGGAGCGAGCAAAGAGCGAACGAGUGAGCAAGGAGCGAGCGAGCAGGCACAAGCGAGAAGCUUUCGCGGCGGCCCGCUUCGGCUCGGGCGCAGCCUGCCUGGCGUUCCUUGCUGGCGAGGAGCACGAGGAUGACAUGCCUACGAGAGGAAGGACUGCGACUGCGCCUGCCAAGCUCGUCGUCACCGUUUGCGUUUUGUGCCUGGCUUGUCUGCUGCGCGGCGGGGCGCGCGCGAUGCCCAGUUUGGACUUGAUGGAGCACGUGAAGGAGUUGCUCAGGGACGACGCCGCUUCGCAGUGCUCAGAUUGCAAGUUGUACACCCCAACCUGGAGCGACUACAAGACGUGUCCCAAGGACACCCUAAAAUGCUUCUCUGCAGAAGUCCGAGUUCUCGUCACAGAGUGGGAAAGAAGUGAAGGGAAUGUUUUGAAACAUUUGGAACGGGGCCUCAAGUUCUUAGAAGAUGGUCCUCACAACCAGAACCAGUCAGCGUGUGGUCCGUGUGAGCUCCACCCAGAAGAAAACGUCCAACACUUCUUGCAGGAACUUCAAAGGAUUUUGGAGCGCAUCAACUCAGCUUUUAGUGCCAUUGCCUGAAAUGGCUGUCAGCUACAAGGCACUUGCUGGCACUGCAAAUCUCCGAAGGGAAUUCUUUCGUACAGCAACUGGACUGGCGUGCGUCUCUUUGGUUUAGCAACUCCUCAUAUCCCGUCUUUGAACAGGUCCCACGACGAUAUUAUUCGGAAAGCAUCUAUUUCAUCAGCAAUAUCUCUCCCCUUUUUUUUUUUUUUUUUAAUCAACGAACAUAGUCUUCUUUUUUUUUCGUCGUCUGCUGCCAUCUCUUUUUAACUACCAUUCUUUCUCAGCCAGUUCGUUCGGCGGUGUAUGCGCAAGUCAGUACCCUGGAGUAUCAUGUGAAAAAUUCAAUGAUAACCUUUCAACCGACAAGU